UGAAGGAAGGCUGAAUCUUCAGCGUAAACUUUCUCCAUUGUAUUUUGAUUGAACACUGUAUUUAAGAACACAAAUUUUGGGAUGAUUGAUGGGUGAAAUUUGUCAUUUUUUUUCUUUCAUAACGGUUCUGAUUUUUGUACAACAUGCUUGAUAUCGUUGUUGCGAAGCGAUUAAUAUUAAGAUAUCCUCCUAACUACCCAAUCAAUUUAUCGAAAACUUUUUUUUAAACUUGAUUGCCUUAUUUGGAAAGAGUAUUCUAACUUAUUCUUUUUCUUAUAUUGCUACCUUAAGAACCAAGUUGACGUCCUAAUGUCAAAUAUUGAGGUGACGACAUCGCACGCUCAUAAUAGCCGAAUACAAGUUCGCGUUGCUGCGCACACGCAUAUACGAGGUCUUGGUUUAGAUGAUACAGGGAAAGCCAUCUCUAUUUCGUCUACCGGGAUGAUCGGGCAGACUGAAGCUCGUGAGGCAUGCGGCGUGUUGAUUGACAUGAUUACGGCUAAAAAGAUGGCAGGUCGCGCCAUGUUAAUCACGGGCGCCCCCGGGACUGGAAAAACAGCAUUAGCACAAGCCAUGGCUCACAGUCUCGGGAAGAAGGUUCCAUUUUGUCCAAUGGUAGGGUCGGAAGUUUAUAGUAACGAGGUGAAAAAAACCGAAAUUUUGGCUGAAAAUUUUCGUCGAGCGAUUGGUCUUCGAAUCAAGGAGACAAAAGAGGUCUAUGAAGGCGAGGUCAUAACUAUUACCCCAGAAGAAAUGGAAAACCCUAUGGGAAAUUACGGGAAGACAAUCUCUCAUGUUAUUAUUGGUCUAAAGACCAACAAAGGAACGAAGCAUCUUAAGCUGGACCCUAGCAUAUACGAGAACAUUCUAAAAGAGCGCAUUCAUCCAGGAGAUGUUAUUUACAUCGAAGCUAAUAGCGGUGCUGUAAAAAGAGUGGGUAGAUCAGAAUCGUUCAUCACCGAAGUUGACUUGGAAGCGGAUGAAUACGUGCCAUUGCCUAAGGGAGAUGUUCAUAAGAAAAAGGAAAUUAUACAAGAUCUCACAUUGCAUGAUUUGGAUGUAGCCAACGCCUGUCCUCAAGGUGGACAAGAUAUUAUGUCAAUGAUGGGACAACUUGUAAAACAGAAAAAAACUGAAAUUACAGAAAAAUUACGUAUGGAAAUCAACAAGGUCGUUAAUAAAUACAUAGAAUCUGGCGUAGCAGAAUUGAUACCUGGUGUGCUAUUUAUAGAUGAAGUUCAUAUGCUUGACAUAGAAUGUUUUACCUAUCUCAACCGUGCACUAGAGUCUACAUUAGCACCAAUUGUCAUUUUGGCCACAAACCGAGGUCGUGCAACUAUACGUGGUACGACGGUCGAUGCACCACAUGGUAUUCCCAUUGACCUUCUAGAUCGUCUGAUAAUUGUACGCACUAUUCCUUAUACAAAAGAAGAAAUUCAGCAUAUUAUCAAUUUAAGAGCUGAUGUAGAGGGUGUCAAAUUGGAUGCCGGGGCAAAGCAAGCCAUUGUCGAUGUCGCCGCCUCCACUUCCCUGAGGCACGCGAUUCAACUUUUAACACCGUCUGCUAUUCUGGCCAAAGCAAAGGAAUUACAAGCUGGCAUUAUUACAAAAGAAAUUAUUACUGAAAUUUCUGAACUUUUUCUCGAUGCUUCUAGUUCUGCCAAAUUGCUCUAAAAAUCAAAUGUGAGGCAUCUCGACUCAUCCUAUCUUUUUCGGCUAAAAUUAUAUAUAGUGUAUAUCUUGUGAAAGCAUUCGGAGAUCCACUCUAAAAAUCGUUCUCUCAACGUUAAUUUCAACCCCUUGAAUUCUCUCUAAUCAAAUAUAUAAAAUAUGUUAGAGUGUUUUUUUACCAAAUACUUGGACGGCCUUUU